AUGACAUUUAAGCUAAGACUUGGAGAAAUAUGGAAAAGAGAAUCAGGUCCUUUUUUGCUCAGUAGCUUAUCCUUCUGUGGCUCAAACAGGAGAAAGAAAUCUCUUGUUGGUUCACUCCUUAACAGUGGAUUUAGUGCUCAAGGAGAAGCUGAAGACAGGUCGAGAGAACCUCAGGAUGUCAACAGUUUAGAGUUAAAAGACACCACAGCAGAGAAAACCAAUUUAGCAAGUGGUCUUGCCAACAGUGUCUCUGAUGGUACAGAAUUUGCAGCACUGCUUCAAAUAAAAAUAAAAUUGGUUGGGGUCCGUCUGGCCAAAUGGAUUUGCAGACAGCUGAACAUAGGCACCAACAUAGGCAGAGGGGCUGGAUUUAGUAGCAGUGCCUCUGGAAAUUUAGCAUUUGGUUUGGGGACAUCUGGUCAAAAGGGAUUGGAAGUCAGUAGAAUUGAUUGGAGUGAAAUUAGCAGUAGAGGAUCUGUUGGGGGUGAAUCCAUAGGUUUUAGAUGCCUAUUAAUUUUUAAUAACAUCUUGAUUUUUUCAUCAGUUGGAACAGGGUGUUUUGGCUGGGAACUUGGAGCUAGAAGGGGUGAUGCUGCAUUUGGGUUUAGAGCUUCUGGUUUGAGUUCACUUGGUGACAGCAGCUUUAGUACCAGAACAGUUGAAGGAAAUUGAGUGAUUAGAUCUGAAGGAUCCAUUUCCAAUGAUUUAGGUGACACCAGUCUGAGAAUUGGGAAUACCUUUGUUGGUGAUAGCUCUGGAAAUUUGGAAUCCAAUUUAGGGGCUUUUGGUCAACAGGGAUUUGGAAUCAAUGAACUUGGAGGGGGUAGAAUGAGUGGCAGUACAUCUGUUGGGGGUAGACAUAAAGACUUUGGCUCUGAUGCCAGUAGUGUCACAAGCUCAUCUGACUACAGUACUUCUGGACUACUCAGCACUCCAGGAAAAGGAACCCAUAUUCCAGAAGCAACCCCCAAAUACUCAGAAACAAACACAACUAUUGGUGAAGUUUCUACUUGGGGCAAAGGAGCAUAUAAAGCUUUCAACGGCCGUGUCUUUUCCUUUGAGUCUUCAUGCACGUAUAGUUUCUGCCGUCACUGUGUUGAAUCUGGAGGAGAUUUCAAUAUUGAGAUCAAACGAAACAAUGAUAGUGAGAUUGAAAAAAUAACAGUUAUAGUAGACAGUAAUGUCAUCUCUAUUGCUGGCAAUAUCAUUUUAGUUAAUGGAGAAAGUGUACAGAUACCAUAUGACAAUAAGAUGAUUCACAUUAAGAAAUAUGGAGAACAUAAUGUUCUGAAUAGCCGUAGAGGAAUCCUGUCUUUAAUGUGGGAUGAAAAUAAUAAACUCUCACUCACUCUUCACAAGCAGUAUCCAACUUGUGGUCUUUGUGGUGACUUCAACAGCAUUCCAGGAGAAGAUAUUAAUGAGCACAUUGACAAUAGUAAAAUUCCUGGUAAUUGUCCCAAAGCUGUUACCAAAAGCUAUCAAGUUUGUGAAGAUGGAGUGCAUCACUGUAACAAAAUUAUUGGAACCUACUUUGAGAAAUGUGGAAAGGUUGGCACUUUAUCCAACAACUACAAAAUGAUCUGCAUUGAUGAGUACUGCCAAAGUAGAGACAAAAAAUCCACCUGUGACACUUAUGCAGAAUUGUCCCGCCUCUGUUCAUCAGAUGGUCCCGGCACCUAUGUAUCCUGGAGAGACGAUCCCAACGUGGUUUGUGAAAAACCUAGAUGCCCAGAAAAACAUAUCUACAAAGAAUGUGGUCCCUCAAAUCCUGCAACUUGUUCUAAUGUGGCUCCUUUUCAAGGCAUUGAAUGUGUGAGUGGCUGCACCUGCCCAGAAGGUUAUCUAUUGGAUGAUAUUGGAGAGAAAGGGAGAUGCGUGUUGAAGGCUGACUGUCCCUGUGAAUCUAAUGGAAAGGUGUAUCAGUCAGGAGAAAUCCGUGAAGAUUCUUGUGGUUCUCAGUGCACAUGCCAAGAAGCAAAGUGGUCUUGCACUAAAAUGUUAUGUCCUGGAAGAUGUAAGGUGGAAGGAAGUUUGAUUACCACCUUUGAUGGUGUUAAAUACAAUCAUCAUGGAAACUGUCACUUUUUGGCCAUCCAUGAUAAAGAUUGGUCUAUUAGUGUUGAGCUUCGUCCAUGUCCAAGUGGUCAGUCAGGAACGUGCUUAAAUAGUGUUACACUCCUCUUGAAUUCGUCUGUUCCAGUUGAAAAAUACAUAUUCAAUAGAGAUGGAACAGUCACAAAUGACAAGAUUAGAAAUCAAGGUUAUUAUUAUUCAGAAAAAAUACAGAUCUCCAAUGCAUCUUCCUCAUACCUUCAGGCAGAAACAUACUUUCAUGGAAAACUGCAAAUACAAAUUGUUCCUGUGAUGCAAUUAUAUGUUUCCAUGCCACCCAACCAAUUCACAGACACCGUAGGACUCUGUGGUUCCUACAACAACAGAGCAGAGGAUGAUUUCAUGUCAAGUCAGAAUAUAUUAGAGAAGACAUCUCAGGCAUUUGCUAAUUCUUGGGAAAUGAUGCCUUGUCCUAAAGGAAACACUGCUUCAUGCGUCAGUAUAGAAAAAGAAAGGUUUGCUGAAAGGCACUGUGGAAUUCUUCUUGAUUUGAGUGGGCCUUUUGCUUCCUGCCAUUCAGUUGUGGACCCUAAACCAUAUCAAGAGGAAUGCAAAAAAUAUACUUGUACUUGUGAAAAUAGUCAAGACUGCCUGUGCACGAUUUUAGGCAACUAUGUGAAAGCAUGUGCUGAGAAGGAAACUUACAUGAUAGGAUGGAGGGCUGGGCUUUGUGAUCAAUCUUGUCCAAGUGGCCUAGUUUUCAGGUACAAUGUUAAAACCUGCAAUAGUUCCUGCCGAUCAUUGUCAGAGAGAGAUAGGAGCUGCGACAUGGAAGAUGUUCUAGUUGAUGGAUGCACUUGCCCUGAUGGAAUGUACCAGACUAAUGAAGGAAAUUGUGUUCCAAAAUCUCAGUGUGACUGCUACAUAAAUGACGAGGUCAUACAACCAGGCAAACUCAUCCAUAUUGAUGACAAUAAAUGCAUAUGUCGAGAUGGAAUUCUUCUUUGCCAGACUCCCAUUGAUUUAACACUACAGAAUUGUUCUAGAGGGGCUGAAUAUGUUGACUGUAGGAAUCCUAAGACACAGAGAAGAGUUGACAGUACCUGUAGCACUUGGAACAUACCUAAUUUUGAAGAGAACUUGCCUUGCAAGCGUGGAUGCUACUGUCCCGUAGGAAUGGUUCGAAAUUCUAAAGGGAACUGUGUCUUCCCUGAUGACUGCCCAUGUUCUUUUGGUGGACAAGAGUAUGACCAAGGGAGUGUCACCUCUGUUGGCUGCAACAAAUGUACUUGCAUAAAAGGAUCUUGGAACUGUACACAAAACGAAUGUCAAACCACCUGCCAUAUCUAUGGGGAAGGUCAUGUUAGAUCUUUUGAUGGAAAAAGUUACAGCUUUGAUGGUCUCUGCCAGUAUUCAUUUAUCGAGGAUUAUUGUGGUCGUGAAAAUGGCACAUUCCGUAUUUUAACUGAAAGCAUCCCGUGUUGUGAAGAUGGGCUUACAUGCUCAAGAAAAAUUAUAGUUGCUUUUCAGGAUCAGAAUAUUGUCUUGCAAGAUGGUAAAGUCACAGCAGUCAAAACUACAGAAAGUAAGGAAUGUGAACUCAGUGGAAAUUCAUACUCUGUUCAUACUGUUGGCCUGUACUUGAUUUUGAAAAUUUUAAGUGGAAUAACCAUAAUUUGGGACAAAAAUACAAGAAUUUCUGUGUUAUUGGAUCCACGCUGGAAUGGCAAAGUGUGUGGUCUUUGUGGAAAUAACAAUGGCGAUCUUAAGGAUGAUUUCACAACGAGGUACUCAUCAGUAGCUGCUGGAGCACUGGAAUUUGGAAAUAGUUGGAAAACAAGUCAAGAAUGUUCAGACACAGUAGCUCAAACCUUCCCAUGUGACUCAAACCCAUACUGUAAAGCUUGGGCUGUGCGGAAAUGUGAGAUCAUCCGGGACAGCACCUUCAGAGACUGCCACAAUAAGGUGGACCCCAGUACGUACUAUGAUGCAUGUGUUGAAGAAGCUUGUGCAUGUGACAUGGAGGGGAAGUACCUGGGAUUCUGCACAGCUGUGGCGAUGUACGCAGAAGCAUGCAGUGCAGUUGGAGUCUGUGUUACAUGGAGGAAACCAGAUCUCUGUCCUGUCUACUGUGAUUAUUAUAAUGCACCUGGGGAAUGCAGCUGGCAUUAUGAACCUUGUGGUACAUUGACUGCAAAAACAUGCAAAGAUAGAGUAAUUGGCCAGAAGUUUUCUGCAGUUUUAGAAGGCUGUUAUGCUAAGUGCCCAGACAGUGCUCCCUUCCUGGAUGAGAACACCAUGAAAUGCGUCAGUUUGUCUGAGUGCAGCUGCUUCUAUAAUGACAUCAUACCUGCUGGUGGAGUGAUCCAAGAUAACUGUGGGAGAAUAUGCUAUUGCAUCGCAGGAGAGUUGGAGUGCAGUGAAACUGCUCCUACAAAUUCAACAUUUACAGUUUCUACUACAACAGCUACCUCCAUACUAAGCGCUGAAGCAGCAAUUACACUGGUGACCAGUAGCUCAGGCACAGCAGCUUCCAUUCCAGAGAUUACUACAUCAAGCAGUGAAAUAAUCCGUAUUACUAGAACUCCAGUGCCUAUCACCUCCACAGCUGAAAGUGUGGGCACCACAGGAGCAGUGGGCCCCACCUUCACCAGUCCUGGGCUCAUAUCAGGGUCAACUGGAGGAUCAGUAAGUGCAACCACAGGCGCUGAAGAUGGAAGCACAAGUGACAUAGGCUUCAGAGCAGGGACCCCAGGAGUAUCAGAGGGUUUCACAACCACGCAUGGAAGCAAGAACACAAGUGGAGACUCACCUACCCCAGGCACAACCCCGGGAGGCCAAGCAGGUGUAACAGGAGAAUUUGUUGGAACUACCACUGGAACUGGCAGUGGCAUCACAGCUAGACCACCUUUCCAUGGUUCCAGCCCAACUGGAACAACUGGAGGGGAAAAUGCUGCCAUCACUGGAGCUGCUGGUGAAAACACUUCUGGAGCAGCAGUGACAGAGACAACUGGACCAUCAACAGAAGAAUCAGCAACCACUAAACAAUCAAAUGAAGUCUCAGGAAAAACAGUACCAUUAACUGAAGGAUCAAGGACAACUGUGCAAUCAAUUGGAGUUACAGGGACUACUGGAUCAUCAACUGAAGAAUCAGGGACAACAGUACCAUCACCUGGAGUGACAGCGACUACUGAAACAUCAACUGGAGGAUCAGGAACAACUGGAUCAUCAAUUGGAGUAUCAGGGGCUACUGGACCAUCAACUGGUGAUUCUGGGGCGACUGCAUCAUUAGCUUUAGGUUCAAAGACAAGUGAACGAUCGGUUAGAGGAUCAAGAACCACUGAGAUAUCAGAUGCAGUGACAGGAACAUAUGAACCAUCAAUGAGAACAUCAGGGACAACUGGAAAAUCUAGGUCAAUUGGACCAUCUGUUGUAGGGUCAGAGACAACCACUCCACUAUUUGGAGCAACAGGAACUACUAUUAUUGGAAAAGGAACAAGUUUAUGGUCAUCUGGAGGAUCAGGGAUCACUGGAUCAACACCUAGAAAUUCAAUAGAAACUGGACCAAAUGUUGUAGGUUCAGAGACAAGUGCACCAUUAUCUGGAGCAAUAGGGACCACUGUUAUAAGAUCGGGAACAAGAUUACCCUCAUCUGGAGCAUCUUGGACCCCACGACCAUCAAUUGGAGGAUCAGCAACAACAGGACAAUCUGGUGUAGGUUCAGAGACAAAUGUACCAUUAUCUAGAGCAACAGGAAACAUAGUUACAGAAUCAGGAAUGGGUUUACCCUUACCUGGAGCAUCAGGGAAACCUGGAUCAUCACCUGGAGGAUCAGCAGCAACUGGACCACCUGGUAUUGGUCCAGAGACAACUAAACCAUUAUCUGGAACAAUGGGAACUGCAGCUAUAACAUCAGGAACAAGCUUAUCAUCAGUUGAGAGAUCAGGGACCACUAGAUCACUACCUGGAAUAUCAGGGACAAGUGGACCAACUAGUCUAAGCUCAGAGAUAUCUGUGCCAUUAUCUGCAACAACAGGAACUAAUGUUAUAGGAUCAGGAACAGGUUUACCCUCAUCUGGAGCAUCAGGGACCCCAGGAUCAUCACCUGCAGGAUCAGCAGCAACUGGACCACAUGGUGUUGGUUCAGAGACAACGGCACCAUUAUCUGGAGCAACAGGGACUGCUGCUAUAAGAUCAGGAACCGGUUUAACAUUGGUUUUAAAAUCAGCGACCACUAGAUCAAUACCAGGAAGAUCAGGGACAACUCGGCCACCUGCUGUAAGUUCAGAGACAACUGCACCAAUAUCUGGAACAAGAGGAACUGCAACUAUAGGAUCAGGUCCCAGUUUACCAUCAGUUGAAGGAUCAGGGAGCACUAGAUCACUACCUGGAGGAUCAGGGACAAGUGGACCAUCUAGUGUAAGUUCAGAGAUAACUGCACCAUUAUCUGGAGCAAGAGGGACUAGUGUUACAGGAUCAGGAACCAGUUUACCAGUACACCUGGAACGUCAGGUGGUACAACUAGUGUCACAGAUGACAGAGACAACUGGACCAUCAACAGAAGAAUCAGCAACCACUAAACAAUCAAAUGAAGUCUCAGGAAAAACAGUACCAUUAACUGAAGGAUCAAGGACAACUGUGCAAUCAAUUGGAGUUACAGGGACUACUGGAUCAUCAACUGAAGAAUCAGGGACAACAGUACCAUCACCUGGAGUGACAGCGACUACUGAAACAUCAACUGGAGGAUCAGGAACAACUGGAUCAUCAAUUGGAGUAUCAGGGGCUACUGGACCAUCAACUGGUGAUUCUGGGGCGACUGCAUCAUUAGCUUUAGGUUCAAAGACAAGUGAACGAUCGGUUAGAGGAUCAAGAACCACUGAGAUAUCAGAUGCAGUGACAGGAACAUAUGAACCAUCAAUGAGAACAUCAGGGACAACUGGAAAAUCUAGGUCAAUUGGACCAUCUGUUGUAGGGUCAGAGACAACCACUCCACUAUUUGGAGCAACAGGAACUACUAUUAUUGGAAAAGGAACAAGUUUAUGGUCAUCUGGAGGAUCAGGGAUCACUGGAUCAACACCUAGAAAUUCAAUAGAAACUGGACCAAAUGUUGUAGGUUCAGAGACAAGUGCACCAUUAUCUGGAGCAAUAGGGACCACUGUUAUAAGAUCGGGAACAAGAUUACCCUCAUCUGGAGCAUCUUGGACCCCACGACCAUCAAUUGGAGGAUCAGCAACAACAGGACAAUCUGGUGUAGGUUCAGAGACAAAUGUACCAUUAUCUAGAGCAACAGGAAACAUAGUUACAGAAUCAGGAAUGGGUUUACCCUUACCUGGAGCAUCAGGGAAACCUGGAUCAUCACCUGGAGGAUCAGCAGCAACUGGACCACCUGGUAUUGGUCCAGAGACAACUAAACCAUUAUCUGGAACAAUGGGAACUGCAGCUAUAACAUCAGGAACAAGCUUAUCAUCAGUUGAGAGAUCAGGGACCACUAGAUCACUACCUGGAAUAUCAGGGACAAGUGGAACAACUAGUCUAAGCUCAGAGAUAUCUGUGCCAUUAUCUGCAACAACAGGAACUAAUGUUAUAGGAUCAGGAACAGGUUUACCCUCAUCUGGAGCAUCAGGGACCCCAGGAUCAUCACCUGCAGGAUCAGCAGCAACUGGACCACAUGGUGUUGGUUCAGAGACAACGGCACCAUUAUCUGGAGCAACAGGGACUGCUGCUAUAAGAUCAGGAACCGGUUUAACAUUGGUUUUAAAAUCAGCGACCACUAGAUCAAUACCAGGAAGAUCAGGGACAACUCGGCCACCUGCUGUAAGUUCAGAGACAACUGCACCAAUAUCUGGAACAAGAGGAACUGCAACUAUAGGAUCAGGUCCCAGUUUACCAUCAGUUGAAGGAUCAGGGAGCACUAGAUCACUACCUGGAGGAUCAGGGACAAGUGGACCAUCUAGUGUAAGUUCAGAGAUAACUGCACCAUUAUCUGGAGCAAGAGGGACUAGUGUUACAGGAUCAGGAACCAGUUUACCAGUAUCCAGAGCAUCAGGGACCCUUCGAUCAUCAACUGGAGGAUCAGCAGCAACUUCAUCACCUGGUGUUGGUUUUGAGACAACAGCAACACUAUCUGGAGCAACAGGGACUGCUGCUAUGGGAGCAGGAACAAGUUUACUCUCAGCUGAAGAAACAGGGACCACUAGAUCAAUUCCUCAAGAAUCAGGGACAACUGCACUACCUCGUGUAGGUUCACAGACAACUGCAGCAUUAUCUGGAAAAACAAUAACUGCAGCUAUAGGAUCAGCAACCAGUUUACCAUCAGUUGAGGGAUCAGGGAUCACUAGAUCACUACCUGGAGGAUCAGGGACAAGUGGACCACCUAGUGUAAGUUCAGAGAUAACUGCAUCAUUAUCUGGAGCAACAGGGACUAGUGUUACAGGAUCAGGAACCAGUUUAUCAGUAUCUAGAGCAUCAGGGACCCUUCGAUCAUCAACUGGAGGAUCAGCAGCAACUUCAUCACCUGGUGUUGGUUUGGAGACAACAGCAACACUAUCUGGAGCAACAGGGACUGCUGCUAUGGGAGCAGGAACAAGUUUACUCUCAGCUGAAGAAACAGAGACCACUAGAUCAAUUCCUCAAGAAUCAGGGACAACUGCACUACCUCGUGUAGGUUUACGGACAACUGCAGCAUUAUCUGGAAAAACAAUAACUGCAGCUAUAGGAUCAGCAACCAGUUUACCAUCAGUUGAGGGAUCAGGGAUCACUAGAUCACUACCUGUAGGAUCAGAGAGAAGUGGACCAACUGGAGUAAGUUCAGAGAUAACUGUGCCAUUAUCUGGAACAAUAGGGACUAAUGUUCUAGGAUCAGAAACCAGUUUAACCUCAUCCAGAACAUCAGGGACAUGUGGAUUGUCAACUGGAGGAUCAGCAGCAAGUGAACCACCUGGUAUUGGUUUGCAGACAACAGCACCAUUUUCUGGAGCAACAGAGACUGCUCCUAUAGGAUCAGGAACCAGUUUAUCCUCAUCUGGAACAUCAGAGACACCUGGAUCAUCUAUUGGAGGAUCAGCAACUGGAUCACCUGGUAUUGUUUCAGACACAACUGCCCUAUUAUCUGGAACAGCAGGGGCUGCUGCUAUAGAAUUAGGAACCAGUUUACCUUCAUCUGGAGUAUCAGAAACCCCUGGAUCAUCACCUGGAGGGUCAUCAGCUGCUGGACCACCUGGUCUUGGUUCAGAGACAACUGCAUCAUUAUCUGGAGAAACAAGAAUUGCCACUAUAAGACCAGGAACCAGUUUACACUCAUCUGGAACGUCAGGGACACCUUUAUCAUCUCCUGGAGGAUCAGCAACAAGUGGACCACCUGGUAUUGGUUCAGAGACCACUGAACCAUUAUCUGGAGCAACAGGAGCUGCAACUAUAGGAUCAGGAACCAGUUUACCAUCAGUUGAGGGAUCAGGGACCAUUAGAUCACUACUUAGAGGAUCACAGACAAAUGGACAACCUGGCGUAAGUUCAGACAUAAAUGUGUCAUUGUCUGGAACAACAGGGUCUAAUGUUAUAGAAUCAGGAAGCAGUUUACCCUCAUCUGGAGCAUCAGUGAACCCUGGAUCAUCACCUGGAGGAGCAUCAGCAACUGGACCACCUGGUGUUGUUUCAGAGACAAUGGCACCAUUUUCUGGAGCAUCGGAGACCACUGCUUUAGGAUCAGGAACCAGUUUACCCUCAUCUGGAGCAUCAGGGACCACUGGACCAUCACCUGGAAGAUCAGCAGUAACUGGAUCACAUGUUAUUGUUUUGGAGACAAAUGCGGUAUUAUCUGGAGCAACAGGAACUGCAGUUAUAGGUUCAGGAACCAGUUUACCGUCAGUUGAGGGAUCAGGGACCACUAGAUCACUACCUGGAGGAUCAGGGACAAGUGGACUGACUGGUUUAAGUUCACAGAUAACUCAGCAAUUAUCUGGAACAACAGGGAGUAAUGUUAUAAGAUCAGGAACUAGUUUACCCUCAUCUGGAGCAUCAGGGAACCCUGAAAUAUCACCUGAAAGAUCAGCAGCAACUGGACCACCUGUUGUAGGUUCAGAGACAUUUGGACCAGUAUCUGGAGCAAUAGGCACCACUCUUACAGGAUCUGGAGACAGUUUAACAUCAUUUGAAAGAACAGCCUCUACUAGAUCAAUUCCUGGAGGAUCAGGGAGAACUAGACUAUCAGUUGUAGGUUCAGAGACAACUGUGUCUCUAUUUGAAGCAACAGGGACCACUAUUAUUGCAUCAAGAGCCAGCUUGCCAUCAGCUGAAAGAUUUGCCACCAGUAGUUCAAUACAUGCAGGGUCAGGGACAAGUGGACCAUAUAUUGUAGGUUCAGACACAAGUGCACCAUUAUCUAGAGCAACAGGGACCACUGCUAUAGGAUCAGGAACUGGUUUACCAUCAGUUGAAGGAUCAGGGACCACUAGAUCAGUACCUGGAGGAUCAAGGACAAGUGGACCACGUGGUGUAAGUUCAAAGACAAUUGCAUCUUUAUCUGGAGCAACAGGGACUAAUGUUAUAGAAUCAGGAACUAGUUUACCCUCAUCUGGAGCAUCAGGGACCCCUAGAUCAUUGCCUGGAGAAUCAGCAGCACCUGAACCACCUGGUGUAGGUUCAGAGACAACUGCACCAUUAUCUGUAAGAACAAAGACUACUAUUUAUGGAUUAGGGACCAUUUUACCCUCGUCAGUAACAUCGGCGAACCCUGGAUCAUUGCCUGGUGGAUCACCAACCCCUGGAUCACCUGGUUCAAGUUCAGAGGCAACUGCACCAUCAUCUGGAGCAAGAGCAACCACUGUUAUAGGGUUAGUAACAAGUUUACCAUUAGUUGAAGGGUCAGUGACCACUAGAUCAAUAUUUGGAGGAUCAGAGACAAAUGGACCAUCUGUUGUAGGUUCAGAGACAACUGCACCAUUAUCUGGAGCUACAGGGACAACUGUUAUUGUGUCAAGAACCAGUUUGUCAUCAGUUGAAGCAUCAGCCACCACUAGUUCAACACCUGGAGAGUCAGGGACAAGUCAACCAUAUGUUGUAGGUUCAGAGACAAGUGCACCAUUAUCUGCAACAGCAGGUACCACUCUUAUAGGAUCAGGAACCAGUGUACCCUCAUCUGGAGCAUCAGGGACUCCUGGAUCAUUGCCUGUAGGAUCAGCACUAACUGGACCACCUGGUGUAAGUUCAGAGACAACUGCACCAUUAUCUGGAGCAAAAAGGACCACGGUUAUAGGAAGAGGAACUAGUUUACCAUCAGUUGAAGGAUCAGUCACCACUAGAUCAAUACCUGGAGGAUCAGGAACAGCUGGGUCAUCUUUUGUAGGUUCAGAGACAACUACACCAUUAUCUGGAGAAAUAGGGACGACUGUUAUGGGAUCAGGGACAAGUUUACAAUCAGUUGUAGGAUCAGGGAUAACUGGAUCCACAGUUGUACUGUUAGGAACAACUAGAAUCUCUAUUGUAAGUUCAGAGACAAUUGGAUCAUUAUCUGGACCAUCAGAAACAACUGGAACAUCAAUUGAAAGAUCAGGAACAACUAGUUCAUUAUCUGGAGUGACAGGAACCAAUAGAAUCUCUGUUGUAAAUUCAGGUAUAACUACACUAUCAUCUAGAGCAACACUGACCCCUGAAUCAUCGCCUGGAGGAUCUAUAUCAACUGAAUCACCUGAUGUAGGUUUAGGGACAACUGGAUCAUUAGCUGAAGCAUCACCGACAACUGAAACAUCAGCUGAAGAAUCAGGCAAAACUGGAACGUUUUUUGCAGGUACCAGGACAAAUGGAUUAUCAGCUGGAAGUUCAGGGACAACUCGAUCAUCUAUUAUAGGAUCAGGAACAACAGGACCAGCAGUUGAAGUAUCAGGGACAGCUGGACCAUCAUCUGGAGGAUCAAGGACAACUAGAACAUCAAUUAAAGGAUUUGGAACAACUGGUUCAUUAGCUGGAGUUACAGGAACAACUAUAACCUAUGCUGAAAUUUCAGGGACAGCUGAACCAUUAUCUGGGGUGACUAGGACUCCUGUAUUAUCACCAGGAGGAUCAGCAUCAACUGGAACAAGUGUUGUAGGGUCAGGGACAAUGGGAUCAUCAGGUGGAGAUUUAUGGAGAACUGGACCAUCAACUGGGAAAACAGGAACCACUGGAUCAUCACCUGGAGAAUCAGUGUCAGGUGGUAUUUCUGCUGUAGGUUCAGGGACAACUGUAACAUCACCUGGAGUCACAAGGACAGUGGGAGUUUCAGAGACCACUCGAUCAUCUGUUAUAGGAUCUGAGACAACCAGACCUGCAGUUGAAGGAUCAGGGACAACUGGAUCAACAGCUGGACUGACUAUAACCACUAGGACAUCUGUUGUAGUUUCAGGGACAACUGGACCAUCAUCUGAAGAGACAAGGACAACAAUAACAUCUGGUGUAGUUUCAGGGACAAUAGGACCACCAUCUGGAGAAACAGAGACCACUGUUAUAGGAUCAGGAGCAAGUGGAUCAUCAGCUGAAGGAUCACAGACAAGUGGAUCAACACCUGGAAUGACAAGAACCACUGGAACAUUCAUUGUAGGUUCAGAGACAACUGCACCGUUAUCUGGAGCAUCAGGGACAACUGGAUCAUCACUUGGCCUGACUGCCACAACUAGCUUCUCUGUCGUAGGCUCAGGGACAAUGGAACCAUCAACUAGAGAAUCAUGGACAACCAGCCCAGGAGAUGUAACUUCAUCAACCAUUGUAUUGUCAGCUGGUCCUUCAGGAACAACUAGACCUGGAGUAACAGGGACAAGUAGACCAUCUGUUGUAGGUUCAGAGACAGCUAGUCCAUCAUCUGGAGAAACAGGGAUCACUAUUAUAGGAUCAGGGUCAAGUGGAUCAUCAGCUGAAGGAUCAGAGACAACUGGAUCAACAGCUGGACUGACUAUAACUACUAGGACAUCUGUUGUAGGUUCAGGGACAACUGGACCAUCAUCUGGAGUGACAGGGACAAAAAUAAUAUCUGCAAGGGGAUCAUCAGCUGAAGCAUCACGGACAACUGGAUCAGCAGGUGGACUAACAAUAACCACUAGAACAUCUGGUAUAGGUUCAGGGGCAAGUGCACUAUCAUCUGGAGUGACAAGGACAACAAUAACAUCCAGUGUAGGUUUAGGGGCAACUGGAUCAUCAUCUGGAGAAACAGGGACCACUGUUGUUGAAUCAGGAACAAGUGGACCCUCAGGUGAAGGAUCAGGGACAACUGCAUCACCAGACGGAUUGACAAGAACCACUAAAAUCUCUGUUGUAAGUUUAGGGACUCCUGGACCAUCAAUUGGAGUGAUGUGGAAAACACAAACAUCUAUUGUAGGUUCAGGGACAACUGGAUCAUCAACUGGAGUAUUAGAGACAAUUGAUACAUCAGCUGAAGGAUCGAAGACAACUAGACCAUCAACUGGAAGAUCAUGGACAACUGGGACACCAAUUGAAGGAUCUGGAACAACUGGAUCAUCAACUUUUACAACCACAGGGGCCAGGAGGACAACUUGGGGGCCAGGAAGUGAGGUUACCACAUAUGAAGGUGAAAUCAGUAGAUCAGUAGGAGCUACCAGAGGUGCUGGUAGUGGAGGCCCAGUUGGAGCAUCAAGCUUUGGAGUCACUUCUGCUGGGAGCCAAGCAGGCUCAGAUAAUACAAUUCCACCUGAACCUGUUGUAGAGGCUACAACUUCCAGAGAAGGUACUGGUACUGCUGGAAUUGGAUUCCAGACAGGCACCACUGAGGUAGCCCCUGGCACAACUGUUGCCCCUGGCAAUUUCAACACAGGUACUACAGGUAGAGUCUCUGGAAAAACUCUGGAACCUGGAAGUUACAACACAGAGGUCACCACUUCCACGAGAAGAAGUGGGACCACCCAACCAGAACUUCCAGGAGGUAUCACCAUGGUUUUACCUGGAGCCAGCAGCAGUUCACAGAGUUCCAUGUCAGGUACUUCAGGAGAAUUCCCUAAGACAACCAUAUCUGGAAGUUCCCACACAGGCACCACAACUGUUGCCCUUGGCAGUUCCAACACAGGCACAAUUGAGAGCAUCUCUGGCAAAACUCUGGGACCUGGAAGUGCCAACACAGAAGCCAUAAGUUCCACAAGAGGCAGUGAGACCACCCAAGGAGGACUACCAGGAGGCACCUCUGGCACACCAGGUGGUUAUGUCCCUGGAAGUAAAACAGGUAUCACUGGAGAAUUGUCUGGAACAACCAUUGCAUCUGAAAUUUCUAACACAGGUACCAGUGGUGUAGUCUCCAGCCCAGCUAUUACAUCUGGAAGUUCCAGCACUGGUACCAAGGGUAUGGCCUCUGGUACCACUGUUGAACCUGGAAGUUCCAAUAUCGGUAUCACCACGAAAUUAAAUGAUGGAAAGACAGUCCCAGAGGGUUCUAUUUCAGGAGCUACCACUGGAGUAUCAAUAAAUGAAGAAACUGGAAACACAUUAGGUACCACAAGGGUAGUUUCUGGCACUACACUUGAACCUAGGAGUUCAAACACAGGUACUACUGGAGUGUAUCGUGGUAGUACCAUCUCACCUUGGAGUUCCAACACAGGAGCCACCACUGGCACCUCUGAGAGGCCAAGUCCUGGAAGUGAAAUAGGUACCACUAGUGUAGUCUCUGACACAACAGUUGCAUCUGGAAACUCUAACACAGGGGCCACAACUUCUUUGGGAAGUGGUGAAACCACCCAGGGUAGAAUUAAAAUAGUUACCACAAGGGUGACUACUGGCACAACUAUCGCACCUGGGAAUAUACGGGAGGAAGGAAGAGUCACUAGCAUAAUUUCAGGGAGCCAAUCUACUAGAAGUAAAAUGGGUACCACUGGGACAGGCUCUGGGACAUCCUCACCUGGAAGUUUCAAAACAGGCAAUAGCCUGGAAUCAGUAGGAGUCACCAGUAGUCAAGAAGGCACUGCUGUGAUAUCAAGCAAAAUUACUGGUGUCUCAGAAAGUUCCAGCCAAGUUACCUCCAAGGAAGCAUCUGAAACAACCAGUGCUCCUGUAAUUUUUACCACAGUCACUGCUUCCACAGGUGUCAAGGAAACCUCUGGAACUGGAAUGCAAACAGGCUCCACCUCAGUGUCAAAUGGAAUCACAACAAGCCCCAAAAUGUCCUACCCAGAAACCACUGUAGUAGCAACAGGAGAUCAAGAAAAUGAAAAUAAAACAGGAUGUCCAGUAUCACUUCCACCGCCUCCAGUUUGUCAUGGUCCACUGGGAGAAAAGAAGUCUCCUGGAGACAUAUGGACUGCCAAUUGCCACAGAUGCACCUGUACAAAUGCAAAGACCGUAGACUGUAAACCCAAGGAGUGUCCUUCUCCACCCACAUGCAAAACUGAAGAGAGGCUUGUAAAGUUCAAAGCUAAUGAUACCUGUUGUGAAAUCGGGUACUGUGAACCAAGAACAUGUUUAUUUAAGAAUACCAACUAUGAGGUUGGUGCUUCAUUUGGUGACCCCAGCAACCCAUGUGUCUCCUACUUCUGCCACAGCACAGGUUUCGUUGCGGUGGUACAAGACUGCCCAAAGCAGACUUGGUGUGCAGAAGUAACCAGAGUCUAUGAUUCAAAUAAGUGCUGCUAUACAUGUAAAACUAAUUGCAGAUCUUCACCCGUGAAUGUGACUGUUAACUACAAUGGUUGCAAGAAAAAAGUUGAGAUGGCAAGAUGCACAGGGGAAUGCAAAAAGACUCUCAGGUAUGAUUAUGAUAAAUUUCAGUUGAAAAAUUCAUGCCUUUGCUGCCAAGAAGAAAACUAUGAGUUCAGAGAAAUUGUUCUUGACUGUCCUGAUGGCGAUACAAUACCUUACAGAUACAGGCACAUCACGACGUGUUCCUGCUUAGACAUGUGCCAACAAUCUACGACCUCAACAGUCAGUUAAUAGUAAAUAGCAUUACCUUUCCAGUUGUAACAGACCAGGUAUUUAUUUUG